GCGGGAGGCGGGCGGCGCGCGCGCGGGGCGCUGUGCGCGUGCGCGGUACGUGAGGCCCGGCGGCGGCGGCUCCGGCAGGCUCUGGUAGCACUCCCUGCGCCAUGGAGAGCGCCGAGGGCACGGAGGAGGAGCAGCCCACCGUGAGCAGCGAUGGCACCGAGCCCGGCACAGAGCCCGGCACAGAGCCUGGCACAGAGCCCGGCACAGAGCCCAGCACAGAGCCCGGCACAGAGCCCACCGUCCAGGAGCAGCACAUGGACUUCAGCACCGAGAUCAUGAGUGUCACCGAGAUGGAGCAGUCCCCGGACAGCUCCCCGGACCUCAACGAGGAGAGCACGCAGGAGAGUGAAAUUCCAAAUAUUGAGAGUUUGCAGACCACAGACAUUGAGGCUGGCUUCCCUCCGGAUUUUGACAAGUUCUGGAAAGUGGUAGACGACAAUCCCCAGGAUUUCACAGGAUGGGUAUAUCUACUCCAGUAUGUAGAGCAGGAGAACCACUUGCCGGCGGCCAGGAAGGCCUUUGACAGGUUCUUCACGCACUACCCGUACUGCUACGGGUACUGGAAGAAGUACGCGGACCUGGAGAAGCGGCACGACAACGUGAAGCAGUCUGACGAGGUGUAUCGCCGAGGGCUGCAGGCAAUUCCUCUUAGUGUUGAUCUCUGGAUACAUUAUAUAAAUUUCCUAAAGGAGACCUUGGACCCUGCUGAUCCCGAAACUAACAGUACCAUCCGGGGAGCCUAUGAGCAUGCAGUCCUGGCUGCUGGGACAGAUUUCCGUUCUGACAGACUCUGGGAAAUGUAUAUAAACUGGGAAAAUGACCAGGGAAACCUAAGGGAAGUUACCUCCAUCUAUGACCGCAUCCUGGGAAUCCCCACGCAGCUCUACAGUCACCACUUCCAGAGGUUUAAAGAGCACAUCCAGAACAACCUCCCCCGGGACUUCCUGACCACGGAGCAGUUUGUGCAGCUGCGGCGGGAGCUGGCGGCGGCCAACGGGCACAGCGGGGAGGAGGCACAGCCCGCCGAGGAGCUGCCCUGCGGCACCGAGGACAUCACCGACCCCGCCAAGCUGGUCACUGAGAUAGAGAACAUGAGGCACAGAAUCAUUGAGAUCCACCAGGAGAUCUUUAACCACAACGAACAUGAAGUCAGUAAGAGGUGGACGUUUGAGGAGGCGAUCAAGAGGCCUUACUUUCAUGUAAAACCUCUGGAGAAAAUUCAGCUGAAAAACUGGAAAGAGUACUUAGAGUUUGAGAUAGAGAAUGGCACUCACGAGCGAGUCGUGGUCCUCUUUGAGAGAUGUGUCAUUUCAUGUGCCCUCUAUGAGGACUUCUGGAUCAAGUAUGCCAAAUACAUGGAGAACCACAGCAUCGAGGGCGUGAGGCACGUGUACAGCAGGGCCUGCACCAUCCACCUGCCCAAGAAGCCCAUGGUGCACAUGCUGUGGGCGGCCUUCGAGGAGCAGCAGGGCAACAUUGAGGAGGCCAGGAGGAUCCUGAAGACCUUUGAGGAGUGUAUCCUGGGGCUGGCCAUGAUCCGCCUGCGCAGGGUGAGCCUGGAGCGCAGGCACGGCAACAUGGAGGAGGCCGAGCUCCUGCUGGAGGACGCUGUCAGGAACGCCAAGUCCAUCAGCGAGGCCUCCUUCUAUGCCAUCAAACUGGCCAGGCACCUCUUCAAAGUGCAGAAGAACCUGCCAAAGGCAAGAAAAGUGCUGUCAGAAGCCAUAGAACUUGACAAAGAAAACACCAAACUGUACCUGAACCUGCUGGAGAUGGAGUACAGUGGGGACCUGAAGCAGAACGAGGAGAACAUCCUGAGCUGCUUUGACAAGGCUGUCCACGGAGCCUUGUCUAUCAAAAUGAGGAUCACCUUCUCCCAGAGAAAAGUGGAGUUCCUGGAAGAUUUUGGGUCUGACGUGAACAAGCUCCUGGACGCUUAUGAUGAACACCAGGCACUGCUGAAGGAGCAGGAGACGCUGAAGAGACGGGCGGAGAACGGCUCCGAGGAGCCGGACGAGAAGAAGAUGCUGACGGAGGACCCGUCACUGGCGUCGGCGCAGCUGAUGGACGGGGACAUGCAGGUGAACCAGGCGGCCUACAACUACAACGCCUGGUACCAGUACAACUACCAGAACGCCUGGAAUUACGGACAGUAUUACCACACCAGCUGAGCCAGAGGGCACUGCGCUGCACCUUCGACAGAGAUGGAAUUAAAAAAAAAAAUAUAUUUUUCUAACUUUGGGCUGUGAAAGAACUGUUGUGCCACCUGCUGCGGGUCCUCUGCAUGUGACCCGAGCUGCUGCUCACGGGUACGUGUGAAGAGUUGUGUGCUGGUAACCGAUAAAUGGUCUCUGUACAAUUCUCAUUUACCAUAAAUGCAUUUUUUUAAUUCCCUGCACUAAUUUAUGGAGCUUUUGGAGGAAUUCCCGUUGGUCCUACGUUUCCAUAGAUUGGGUGGGUGAAGCUGGGGCUGUUUGGGUUGGUUUUGCCCCAAAGCCGGAGCCAAGGCCGUCCUGCUCCCACCCCAACUGGCAGCACAGCUUUGCCAAGGCGGGCGCUGUGCUGGGAUUGACCCCGGAGCGGGGCUGGAGGCCUUGGCAGAGCUGUGGGGUCAGGAGUUCACUGUGGGGCAAAACCCCCUUGGUUCUUUUCUAAAAAGCACAAACUGUGUUUGGGAUGACUUUUGUAUUUGGAGUUUUUCAUGUACACGGUGUGAGCAAAACUUUUUUCAUUUUGAUCAAAGUGAUCAUUCCCAUUUUUGUAAUAAAAACAAGGAAUUCAGCA